AUGCCUCUCUUGGAAUUCUUAGCUGGGAGCAUUUCAGGUGCACUGGGACUUGCAGUAGGACAUCCGUUAGACACUGUGAAGGUACGUCUCCAAGCCCAGUCUGUGUAUAAAGGGAUAUUUCACUGUGUGAUUAAAACAUACUCUCAUGAAGGGCUCCAUGGAUUCUUUAAGGGCAUGGCAUUUCCUGUGCUGACCACUGGCAUCACCAACUCCCUUGUCUUUGGCUGUUACAGUAAUGCUUUAGGUUACCUCACUAAGUCUCAGCGCAGUCGAGGCAAACCGGCCUCUGCUGCACAGGUCUUCACUGCUGGCUGCUUCUCAGGCCUGGUGCAGGUGUUGGUGUUGGCACCCAUUGACCUGGUCAAGGUGCGUCUUCAGGGUCAAUCGACGUCAACACGAUAUCGCGGACCCGUGCACUGCGUCGCUGUCAUCGUGAGGGAGGAGGGGCUCAGGGGUCUGUACAGAGGAGGCCUGGCCCUCACUCUGAGGGACGUCCCCUGCUAUGGGCUCUACUUCUUACCUUACGAGGUCACUCGUAAGGUUCUCACUCAAGAUGGCAAAGAGCCAGGCACCUUUGCGAUAUUGAUGGCAGGUGGAUUCGCAGGUGUGGUGACCUGGUCCUUUGCCACGCCCAUGGACGUCGUGAAAGCUCGGCUCCAGAUGUCGGGGGCCGGCGGGCGGGAGUACAGCGGCGUCCUGCACUGCAUGAGAGUGAGCGUGAGGGAAGAAGGAGUGAGGGUGUUUUUCAAAGGCCUCCUGCUGAACAGCAUGAGAGCAUUUCCGGUCAACGCUGUCACAUUCCUCAGCUACGAGAGCCUGAUGAAGAUUUUCUAUCCACCACCAGCCAGUCACUCUUCACAGUAA